CUGGGGGGACUCGUAGCCUAUUAAAAAUAAGAACCAAAAUCCAUAGUGGAAGUAUUUCAGGAGCAGUUAGCACCUCUAUCUACUCGUAGUUUAGAAGUUGAAGCAUUAAUGUUGGAUUUGUCCUAAAAGGGAACCACUACAACUCAGCAUUUUAUAUGGUAGGCUACUUCCUCAACAAAUAUCAACCAUAACCAGGCGGAGAAAUACAUUUUAAAGUAUGUUUUUUCUUUGUGAAAAAGGCAAGAGGCGGAUUUUCAGUAGGCCUACUACCACAACUAGAUACUGAAAAAAACUGAACUAGUUUUUAUUUCCUAUUCCGUUUUAUUGAAAAACGCAUUGGACGAGGAAUAAACUAGAAACCUCAUAAAUUCAUAUUUAUACUUUUGUGUGGGAGAGCGAGAAAAGUGCCACAAUUGGACAUUGAGUAUUUCACUAUGGAAGAAAAUUCUAAUGGCAAUAGAGAGCAUCAAGAUUCGGGCGAAGAGUCCAACAGAGCUAUUCUUCCUCUUCUCCAAGCACCUGGGAACCAGCAACCGCACCGGAUCACCAACUUUUAUAUUGAUAAUAUUUUACGACCAGACUUUGGACGGAGGAAAGAUGGGACUUUUAAUUAUGAUGAGAAUCACCUCAAUGGACGAGAGAAUAGUCCUGGCCUUCCCCCAAAAUCUGGGCAGUUCGGUGGGACGGUGUCAGGGGAAGGAACAUCGAAUUCUCGUUCAGUCAGUGAGCCAAAAAAAGCAGAUAUUGUUGCAGAUACGCUUCUCAAGCCCGGAGAAGAAAUUGGAGAUCAGUGCCUGAGCUCCGACUCGGAAAGUUCUCAUGCCAAUUCUGCACCUUCGUCGAAACCUAUGCUCUGGCCAGCCUGGGUGUAUUGUACAAGAUAUUCGGACCGACCAUCAUCAGGGCCAAGAUCUCGAAAACCAAAGAAGUCGACCACGACAACGACACCAAGCAAGGAUGACAAGCGUCCAAGAACGGCCUUCACAGCAGAACAGCUCCAGAGACUAAAAACGGAGUUUCAGACUAAUCGGUACCUGACCGAACAGAGAAGACAAAGUCUGGCACAAGAACUCGGCCUCAACGAAUCUCAAAUUAAAAUCUGGUUUCAAAACAAGAGGGCCAAAAUAAAGAAGGCUACUGGAAAUAAAAACUCUUUAGCCUUGCACCUGAUGGCACAAGGACUAUACAAUCAUGCCACAUCAUCUAAGGAUGAAAAAUCAGACAGCGAUUGAAGAAAAAUAAACAAUGCAAUAAAUAACUUUAAAGGGCCAGUGUACAUAAUACCAGCAGAUAUUUAAACAUGAAUGAGACAGGAUUUUGCAAUUUUCUGUAGCCUAUAUACAGUAUAUAGGGACUAAACCAUUUUGUGUUUUGACACUUGCCAUGUACUCCCUGAAACUUUAGAAUGCUUCAUCAUCAUUAAAGUUUGUUGGGUUUUUGUUGGGUUUUUAGCAAGUUGUUCUUUUUUUUUUGUUGGUAGGCGUACUUGACUUUGUGGACAUGUUUAACGAAAUAAUGAAAACAGGCUGAAGUCCAAAGAUUUUUUCUGCUGCAUUUUGCAAACUGUGAAUUUAAAUAGCCUAAAUUGUGUUUAUCUAUGAUUUUAAUUUUUAUCACACUGUUUCGUUGUAUUUUGAUGUUUAUGUUGAAAAUACAUUUGAGGUUCCUUUGUUUUGUGUAAAAAAUACAGCCUUUCUGAGUUGAUAUGGAGGGACCAUACGCAUUGAAUUAUGCGUAUUAUCUGAUAAGAAUGUCUUUUUAUAUUCGAAUUCUGCAUUAGCUAGGCUAUAGUUCUCGUGAGCAUUACAUUUGAAUUAUUUCAGCAAAAUAAUUCCGCUUUGGGUAGGCCUAGACUACUUAUAGGCUAUUGAUAUGAGACAGAUUUGAUACAAAUAAAUAUAUUCAACAGGCCUAUACGUUACUUUAAACUUGACCCAAACUAUAGAAAUGAGUUGAGGCUAAAAAGGAAUGUAACCUAACUUAACUUUCACUAAAGGACCUCUGUUGAAAUAGAUAGCAUAUUGUAAGAAAAACAAAACAGUAUUAUAUAAACCGAAAUAUGUGUCUGGUAUGCAAGCGCAUAACACCAACUUCCAUUGGUUAACAAUGCUAAGUCAUGCGCGCUUAGCUCAUAUCCAAUGGGUUUUAAAUAGGGAGGAGUGGUGGAUGGCAACAACUGGAAUUGAACAGAUAUCCAUUUUGAAAUUAUCAUGGAAAUGCAAUCGUUUUGGGUCAGUUCCACUACCAACAAAAUACAUUUUUACCCCGGCUCAAAUCAGGAUUUCAGUGCCAAGUGAAGCCUAUACGGACUGUAUGUCUUCAUUUCAAUCAUUAUAGUUUUAUUAACAACUUCAGGGAUGAAGUAACGUCAACGGGCGUCAUAUAUAGGUUUACUGUACAAAUAAUGUAGGCAAUAGAUACGGUAAAGAGGUCAAUCGAACUCGACCAAAUCACUGGAAUUGCCAUGGAAACGAUUAGGGGAAAGGGCCAUGGGGUCAAGAUCUCGAGUCUCAUUGUCCCCCAGCAAAAGUAGCCUAAAUUUAGGCUAUUGUUUAUAUGUGUAUUUCACACUAUGUUGAGGUAAAACUCGGAGUAUAAUACGUGUAUGGAUGUCAACCACAAACACAUGUUCAUGUAAUCGUUACCAAUCAACUGCAUUACAGUUACAAACGAAUUUGACUACCACCACCGAUUUCUGUACGCUAGCUAUGCUAACCAGUUUAUACGAGCAGGAGUUAGCAUUUAGCAGUCACUUCUUCUAAACCUGAAAAGGGACAACUUCUACAUGUUAUGCAGCGAAAACAGCCAAAUAUAUCCAAAAUCGGACUUAAGUAACCAUAUUGUGGGCCUGUUACAAUAUAUGACAGAUUUAAAGAAAAUACACUUUGUUAGAGCAGAUCUGUUGAAUGUGCGCCAAUCUGGUCUGCGUUCCAUUGAAUCCUUUACCGCACCUAUCUAUAUCAAAUAGUCCAUGCGUUCUAUAGUAUGAAAUCCAUAUUAUUUGCAAAUAACAUAACAUUCAUAUUUAUGAACAAUACUCAUAGUCUACGUGGUCAUGUUUCUCGAAAAGAGACUUCUGGAAUGUUUACAUAACUUAUUUAUCUUGCAAUACCUUGUUUUUGUGAAUGAAACGUUUAGAGGCCUUUGCAUGAAAGCUGCAAUCUGUCACCUGUAUAUCAUGUGAGACAAACGUUGCUGUAUCCAUACCAAAUUGUGGUCUUAUGAUGUGAAUUUAUCUUUCAUUGUCAAUAUUAAAGUGUGUGUAAAUUAAAAUCCAAACUUAAAACACACUUUGCCUUAAAAGUUCCGUAAAUGAACUUUUCUUAUGAGUACUGUGCUACAAAGAACUAACACAUUACAUGUUUCUAUCAGGAAUGGGCUAUUACCAUUAGAGAUGGUAUACAACGUGAAUUUACAACAUCAUUUUGAAACCUGUAUAAAGAAGGACAAAGUUUUGGUUGUGUUUUUUCCCCCCCAGUAUUCUUUGAUAUCAGACAAAUGUAAAUAAUUUGUAUCAUAACCUUGUAUUUAACUGUAAGUAAAUAAACCACAAGAAUACUAACACACUUUUAAAUCCUUUAUUUUCUUUUGUGCUUAUAAACAAUAAACAACAUAAUUAGUACUCUUAAAAUACAGGCUGACUAAUAGCCUACUGUUAAUUCAGAAACAUCCACUCUGGAAAUAAUUUCUGAGGCAUAAAUGUGAUAUGGCCAAGUCACAUGUGUGUUGAAACAACGUAAUAUCAAUUAGCAUAACAAUUACUGGCCUGUCUUGAAGGUUAAUGAGACAGCAGGGGAAAUUUCAUUCUGCUAACCAGUACAGAACAAAAUGUGGGCAAUAGGGCAACUUCAAAAUAUUUUCCUCUAAUAAGCAGUUGGUAUGUUUUUGGAAUAUACUAUGAUGCGAGUUCACUGUUGGAUGGGCUAGCUCUCAAUAGACAUAUGUGGACUUGUUUUCUCAUAAAGAGUAAACAGCAUUGUGUAAUUGGCUAUUUGCAGGUGGUCCUCAGCUAAAUAAACCUUGAAAGAAUACAUUAUUUCAUGCAUCAAAAUUUUGGUUAUACUUUAUUUCACAGUCUGCAAUUAAAGUGGUGUUUACAUUGACAUUAAAUGCUAGUAAUGGCCUACUGUAAUAGGACUACUUGCAGAGUUCAAGUUCCUUAAAAAAAAGUUGAAUUGUUCAAAAUGAACAGAAUUCAAACAUGGUAUAUAGAGAAAGUAUCUUGUCCCCAAUGACAAUGGAAAAUAUGACUGUUAGUUUCACCAGGCAAACAGUCUAAAAUGUAUUUACUAAAUGAAAACUACUACCGAAAUGUUGACCACAAAAAAAGUUACACAUGAACUUGCACCAAGGCGCACCAUGAUGUUAUAGACAGCCUAAGUGAUAUGCAGCAUAGUAUACCUCAUGUUAGUCGGGUGACCACCCCACAAGUCAUAGCGAAGUCAAAAUACAGAUUUCCAUUUCUCAAGUCAACGGUGCACUAUGCUGAAUGCAAGCCACCUAUACUUAGUAGUCAUGAAUAGAGCUUAGGAGCCUAACAUGAAGACCCAGCAUCUCAACAGCAAAAUGUAGUACAGUUGUACACAUUAUUUCUGUAUCCCAGAAAUUGCUUAAAAAUGUGCCAAAACUCUUUAAGGAAAUCAAAGUGUUGUAGGAAUCCCAUGACAGCAUCUUCACUCAGUUGCUACAAAUAACAUUUACCUUGAAAUAAUUUGCUCUGUCAGACAUGUCCACAGCAGAUAACAAAGUGGGAAUUAAAAGCUUAUGGAAACAUUCAAACUAGUAGGUUCAAUAAGAUACAUAUCCUCAUUAAAUGAACAUUGAGACUUUUCUGUGUUGUUUGGAAACAGAGAAGUUACUAACCCAGAAUGUUGAGAGCUAUCCCAUCCCCAGUUUCUGCCUGUAACGGAGUCUCUUAUCAACAAGAUCAAUUUCCCCUAACAUACAUCAACCAAGUAAGGUUGGUCAAAUCCAGAUCACAAUGACACCUUUUCAAUAUGAUCAUAAUACACUAUACUCAUGUUGAUUUCAAAACUGCCAUACAUAACCAAGCAAUUAAAACGCAAUCAAAUAUGACUGAACUUCAGUCACCAAUACAGGUUACAACACUCUGCGGUCUCAGUAUUACCUGAUGCUUUAAAAAAAAAUAGAAAAGGAUCCAAACACAAAAGGGAGAAUUAUCUGUGCGGACCAUUCGCAGUAUUGACCUGCUCCUCAAUGCCCCAGAACCUCAUCUGCAUUUCUAUUCUUUCCCAGCUUGUAUGUGGAAGUAACACCCAACGGUCACUGACUUGAUGAGCUCUCUGGGUUGAGAAAAGCUGGUGCCUCUCAGACGCUGAGCUGAGCAACUUGGUUGGUUCCUCAAUGGAGUCUGUGGCCGGGAGCCCGAUGAAGGUCAAAGCCUUCGGUCACAGCUGCAGGAGGCUCAUUUCCUUUAACCCAUCACUUCUUCAACACAUCACAAUUCAAAAUGUCCCUAAAAAGGAGUCUCGUAAAAUUAUGUAAAUAUCAAAAUGUUCAAAAAAAAAUCCAUCCUCAAUAAGCUUGUAGCUCAACUCUCAAUAACAGUGAUGAAUGAUGUCUAUUGAGCACCUCAAAAAUAUGAUGGGGAACAAAUUACGCUAGCCCCUCCCCACCCCAGUCCAAAAUUUGAGAAUUUAGCAGUCCAUUUUUUUACUGAAAUCUAGAGCCAUAAUCAUUAUGCUUAAUUCUACAGAUGUAGAUGUUUGAUGACUAUUUUGAUGCUGAGAAUUUUCUUGUACAUCAGUAAAUGCAAAAUUGUAGUGUAUUCAAAGUUUAAAAAGGCUUCUAAAGUGUGUAAUUUCCACUUUAAAAGUGUCAGAAUUGAUUUGCCCUAACAAAAAAUACAUCAACCCUUACAAAAAAAAUCUCCAUUAAUUUUCAUCCACAUUUCCUGUCGCUGCAGGAUUAUUUUGUUGUUGUAGCAAACUGGCUAAAAUUAAGAUCUGUCAAAAAAGGUGUAUUUUUCUGCAUAUUUUUCUGUAUCCUCCUGACUGGUAGUUACAUUUUUUUGUAGAAUUAAAUAUGCUUCUCUGCACUAAUGUGGGUAAAAUAUUGAAAGGAAUGUGAGUCAUGCCAGCUAAGAUAGUUCCUUUGCAGUAUGCUGGGGCACGUACCACGAAACAAGUUAGCUAUUCUAACAGCAUUGAUAGCCUGAAAUGGCUUCUUGGUAGCUAGUCAUGAGUUUGGGAACCUAGAUGUCUUAGGUAAAGCCAACUUCAUAAAACGGCUAGGUGGCUAGUAGUAUUACAACAGGACCAAUCUGAGGGAGCACGUGCCCCCUAUGGGCAUGACACCUCUGCAUCUGAGCAUCAACAACACAACUGAGCAUCAACAACACACAAGUGGUCAAAUCAUUUCUGAAUUAGAUAGUCUUCCUGGACCACUGAAAUUACAUUUGAGAAAUAGUUUAUCAUAGUCCUUAUAACCUGUGUGAGGGUUACAUUUCCUCUGAGAAACCCCCUCCAGGAGUCCACUCAGCAUACUGCAAAGGAACUAACAUGCAUAGGAAAUUAGCAUUUAGUGGUCCAGUUUGUCCAGCCAUUUUGAGCCCCUUGCCAACAGCACCUUGGUAACCCUUGAUCUGUCAUGAAGUUAAGCUCAAGCCCUAGACACCCAGAGACAGCUAUACACAUAAAGCUGACACUUUCUUAAACCAGAAUAAACUCCCAAAACACAAUUUCUAGGAAAUUGCAACAAGUUGAAGACUUCUGUUUAGGGAGAUUGGGAACCUAUAUGUGCUAGCUAAAGCCAACUUCAUAAAAUUGCUAGGUGGUUAGUAGUAUUAGAGAAUAAUCUUUUGAAAUAUUAUUUUUUUCUUCAACAGGACAAAUCUGUGCAUCAAGUACACAACAAGUCCAUGGAGAACUCUUCAUGUUGAUGAAAGUUAAAGUUUGGAUAGUAAGUUCUAACACAUUUUCAUUGCCUGCCUCGACCUGAAAAUUAUUUGACCACUCCAGCCACCACUAGUCACAAGACCUUAAAAAAAGGUCCACAUUCAAAUGCCCAAAGACAACUAAAUAAAUAGCUUGCCCUACGUGUUAGUUAUCAUAAGUUCACAUAUCCUGUGCCAUAAAAUUUAACCUCUUCCAAUUGGCAGAGGCAAAGGGCAGUCUGAUUCAAAAAGAACAUACUUAUCAGAAAAGUAUUGGAUGCCUCGUGUGUCUCUCAAACAAAAGACCCAUCCUGUCCCUUCCCCCCACUGAGUUAUUCAUCCAUAGUUUUUAAACGCUUCCUAGUCAAACUUGAAUAUGGAAUGAAGAGCUAGGGCUUUGUGGCGGAAAUAUAAUUAAGCUGGUGAAAGAUGUAUAUGGUGAAGAAUAGGGAUGACAUCAGGCCAAUUUCACACUUGGCACUCGGAUGGCCGGGCCCAAGCUAGGCUCUUGCCACGCAACACAGAUCAAAGCACACUGCCACUAGCAAAAAGGCAAAAGAGGACUUAAGUAUGCUAAUCUCCAGGACAAAUAUAUUUUAAUCUUGUUAGAAUACAAGUUAAUGCCGCAGCUCAGUGACUGAACUUUAUAGAGACAAAGGGAAAGAUUCACUUUCACAACAUUUCUGAAUGAGAUGGUCUUCCAGGCCCAUUGAAAUUACAUUUGAGAAAUUGUACAAAUAGUUUAUCAUAUAGUUCUCAUUACCUGUGUGAGGGUUGCAUUUCAUCUGAGAAACCCUUUCCAACAGUCCACUCAGCAUACUGCAAAGGAACUAACAUGCAUAAAAAAUGAGCAUUUAGUGGUCCAGUUUGUCCUGCCACUUUGAGCCCCUUGCCAACAGCACCUUGGUAGCCCUUGAUCUGUCAUGAAGUUAAGCUCAAGCCCUAGACACCCAGAGACGCUAUACACACAAAGAAAAGC